CUUGGUGUCUGGGAGGCGGGACUGGCUCCCUCCCGCGGGGCCGGCGCUGCAUCCGGGUCUCCCACGCGCUGCGGGGACCCCAGCGCCCGGGCAGCUGGCUGGGACUGGGGCGCCGGCCCCGCGGGUUCUGUGGUUGGUGUCUGGUGAGCGGCCGCUGCACGCAGGGGCACCGGCCCGCCGCCCGGCUCUGAGCGGUCUGAGGACUCGCUUCCUGUCGGACGUGCGCGGGGCUUGAGUCGGGCGGGCGCUUCCCGGCCAGCCUUGCGGCGGCCCCGGGUUAAACUCGCAGACCCGCCGCUUGCCCGAUCCUGAGGUUCACCGGCUCGGGGGCCUGCCCAGGCGGUGCAGAGGGGAGGUGUGCCCGGCCGCGGCUGGCACGUCCCGCCGCUUGCCCCGCGUGCCCGUGGGUGGGGGGUGACGCAGCCCCAGCCCGAGUGGUCUGUGCGGCUGUCGGCCCGCAGGUGUGGGGUGCUGGGAAGCCCAGGCCUCCCGCUGUUCCCCACGGGGAGAAGGUCACUCUAGGGAGCCGCAGGGGACGCCCGCCGGCUGCACCCACGGUGCCAGGCUGCGCCGUCGGCUGCUGUCGGGGCCGGGGUCCCGGGGUCAGCCUGCAGGAAGCCCCCCGAGGCCCGCACAGCAGACAGGGGGUCGUUCAAAACCAGCGGGCGGCCUGAGCGCGGGACCUGCCUCUGCCAGAUCCGGGGGCGGGCAGGGGCCUCCCUUGCCGGGGCUUGUCCCCCUCCCCUGCCUGUGCUGCGGGGUCGGGCUUGAGGCGCCUAUGGCCGAGGGAGGGCCCCCCCCCCCCCCCCCCCCGCGCCCGCACCUCCCUCAGGCCACGCGCGCGAGUGAGGAGCUGUGGUGGCUGAUCGCAGCCUGCUCCUCUCCGGACGCGGGCGUUGUCUGUCCCUAGUACCUCAUUCAGAAUUUAAAUGAAGGCCUGGGCCCAGACUGGUCUGACCAGCCCCACCCUGGGCGGGAGGAGGGGCCGCCGCUCCCCGCCCGCCCGCCCGCUCUGUGCUCCGUGUGGCUCCCUCUCCCGGGAGGGGGGUGCGUGGGUGCGGGGCGCGGGGCCGAGCUGGUGCCGCACAGUCCUCCGGGCCUUGCCCCAGGAGCUGCCUGGUGCCGUGCCGCCUGGCGGCUGCCGACAACACCAGGAGAGCGUUGAACUCGAGUCAUCCUCCGAGAGAGAGCGGGCCCGGCCCGACCUGUGCCCUGGCUUUUUCUAGGGCUCACUCGGCCCUGCCGCCCGCGCCGCCCGUGUCCGCGGGGCCUCGUGUCUCAAGGCUGGGUGCCGGGUGGUUGGGUGACAGACCCAGGGAAGUCUUGUCUUUCAAAGGUUCCGUCUUUGAGAGACAGAGGUCACUGUGCAGAUGGGCACAAUGGCCAGGGCUGGCCACCUUGAAGCCAGGAGCUUCGCCUGGGUCUCCCACGCGGGUGCAGGGGCCCGAGGACCUGGGCCGUCCUCCACGGCUUUCCCAGGCCACAGCAGGGAGCUGGAUCGGAAGUGGAGCAGCCGGGACUCGAACCUGCACCCAUGUGGGAUGCUGGCACGGCAGGCCACGUUGAAGCUCUUCGUGGGCGGUCUCGACUGGAGCACGACCCAAGAGACCCUGCGCAGCUACUUUUCGCAGUAUGGAGAAGUCGUGGACUGCGUGAUCAUGAAAGACAAGACCACCAACCAGUCUCGCGGGUUUGGGUUUGUCAAGUUCAAAGACCCAAACUGCGUGGGGACGGUGCUGGCCAGCAGACCACACACGCUCGACGGCCGGAACAUCGACCCCAAGCCCUGCACGCCUCGGGGGAUGCAGCCGGAAAGAACUCGGCCCAAGGAAGGAUGGCAGAAGGGACCCCGGAGCGACAACAGUAAAUCGAACAAGAUCUUUGUUGGCGGGAUCCCCCACAACUGUGGCGAGACAGAGCUCAGGGAGUACUUCAAGAAGUUCGGAGUGGUCACGGAGGUGGUCAUGAUCUAUGACGCCGAGAAGCAGAGGCCUCGAGGUUUUGGAUUUAUUACUUUCGAGGACGAACAAUCAGUGGACCAGGCUGUCAACAUGCAUUUUCACGACAUCAUGGGCAAAAAAGUGGAAGUUAAGCGGGCCGAGCCGCGGGACAGCAAGAGCCAAGCGCCGGGACAGCCGGGUGCCAGCCAGUGGGGGAGCCGGGUGGUGCCCAGCGCUGCCAACGGCUGGGCGGGUCAGCCCCCACCCACGUGGCAGCAAGGAUACGGCCCGCAAGGGAUGUGGGUGCCGGCAGGACAGGCGAUCGGUGGCUAUGGACCACCCCCUGCUGGAAGAGGAGCCCCCCCACCGCCCCCGCCAUUCACCUCCUACAUCGUGUCCACACCUCCCGGCGGCUUUCCCCCUCCUCAGGGCUUCCCCCAGGGCUACGGCGCCCCUCCACAGUUCAGUUUUGGCUAUGGCCCUCCGCCCCCACCGCCGGAUCAGUUUGCCCCUCCAGGGGUCCCCCCGCCACCUGCCACUCCAGGGGCAGCACCGCUGGCCUUCCCGCCGCCUCCGUCGCAGGCCGCCCCAGACAUGAGCAAACCCCCGACGGCCCAGCCGGACUUCCCCUACGGUCAGUAUGCAGGUUACGGGCAGGACUUGAGCGGCUUCGGACAGGGCUUCUCGGACCCCAGCCAGCAGCCCCCCUCCUACGCGGGCCCCUCCGUGCCGGGCUCGGGGGGCCCCCCCGCCGGCGGCAGCGGCUUCGGACGAGGGCAGAACCACAACGUGCAAGGCUUCCACCCGUACCGACGCUGACGCGGACGCGGACGCGGACGCUGACGCCGAGCGGCCGGCCGCGCGUGCGCGUGACAAUCAGGCCUGGCGGGCGGGCGGGGCGGCGGCGGGCGGGCGGCUCUUUGUUUCGGCCAUCAGCACAAAGCAGGAGCGCCACGGGCCAGCCGCGGGCGGAAGAGACGUCUUCAGCUUUAAUUGAGAACUUCAGGUUUCUUUCCUUCCUUUUUGAGAUUAUUUUCCUGAGCCUUUGGUUUUACCGUAUAUUGUAAACUUUUAUGUUAAAGAAAAAUAUACAUUUACAAAUUGUGAGAUUUUUAAGAGAAAUUUUCUACGAUGUAUACUGGCUUAUUUUUUAAUUUAACACAGGGUUCCGUCGGCACUGGCGGGGGGCGGCGCGGCCCCCACCCCUGCUCGGGCGUGGGACGUGUCCGGAAACUCUGGGAGCGCAAGAAACCUGCUGAGUGUUUUUGUUUCUGUUUAUUCCUCGCUCUUGUCGACCGCCUGCCUGGUGGCGCCUGCAGGUCGCGUGGGCCGGGCCGGGCCGGAGGCCUCGGGCCGCGCUGCGGGCCCGCGUGGCCACCUCGACCCUGGUUUGAAUAAAGAGAAGUGCGUUUGGAUUA